UGCAACACUCGAAACAGAAAACAGAAGAAGCAGAAAACAACGGCCGUGGAACUCGCAUUGGUUGCUGAAAAAACCCGUGAGGUUUUGCGUUUUUAAAGAAAAACCCUCAACGCCCGUGGAAUAGUCAAUAAAUUGAUUGGAAGCCCAAUCAGCCUCGUUUCGAACCAGUGUACGCGAGUGCAGCGAGCCAAGCGAUCCCCCGAUCGAUCGAAUCGAAUCGAAAAAAGGUAAACCGACGUCGGCGACAGCGGAAUACCCGAGAUACCGAGAGCCAAGGCAGCGACAGAAUAAAGAAACAAGGAAACAUUUGCACGCCAACGGAGCAACUGCAGCAGAGCACCGAGCGACAAGAAAAACCACUUCAACAAAAGAGGAUAACAUACUGGAAGUGCCCCACACACACUGCCACACCGCCACUGCUGCCCAGCUACAAACAUACACACACUGUACGUGCCCGACGGUGGGAAAGUAAACCGACAUCUUUUUACGACCGCCGAGAGUUUUGCAAUCAGAAGAAGUCGGAGAGCCGAGCCGUGUCGAUCGGCCAGCCCUUUGAUAAGCCAGAGAGAAGGGAGCAGCCCAGCUCAGCUCAGCCCAGAGAAGCGGAGAACAAGAGAGAGGAACAGGUUGCCAAGUCGAACGCGCAACGAAUUUGGAAAUCGAGCCAGCCGAAAGUGCGUGAGCGUGAUCGUGAUCGCUUGUACGUAGCCCAAAAGCAGAGAAAGAGAUAUAGAAACCCGCAGAUCCGGACUUGCAUUUAACUUUGAAGCAGCUUGAAGGGUUUCCAACCCGUGGCCCAUGAGCAGCUGAGCCCAGCGGCAGCAGCUAAGACGGAAACCAGACUUACACCUUGAACACCCGACCCAAGCCAGAUCCAAAUGAAAACGCUAGUGCUCAGUCCGGAUGACCUACAGAACUUCAACAAGUUCAUCUAUGACCCGAAGUCGGCCGCCCAGCUGGCCGCCAGUGCUGGAGCAAUCGGAGCAGCGGCGGCGGCGGCAGCAGCGGUCCACGGGCCACCUGCCGGCACCACAGUACAGCUGCUCCAGGGCAGCGUGGGCGGAUCGGUCAAUCCCGGCGUAGUGCCCGUGUCCGUGCCCGUACCCACCAGCACAGCCAACAGUGCCAACAACCUGAUGGCGCUGCACUACUACCUGAAGCAUCCGGGUAUCCAGCAGAUGCCCAUCCCACAGCAGCAGCAACAUCAGCAGCAGCAACAGCAUCAGCAGCAACAGCAGCACCACCAGCAGCAUCAGCAACAGUUGCUGGCCCAGUCGCAGACGCAGCUGAAACAGCUGCAGCUCAAGCAGCCGACGAUCCACCAGCACCAGCAGCACAUCAGCUACCACCACCACCAUCCGUACUACCAGCAGCAGCCGCAGCAGGCGCCGCCACCGCAACCGCAGCCUCUCAAGAGCCAGCCGCAGUCGCACCUGCCCGUGCACGCCCUCAACCAGAACUCGAACUUCUCGGCGGCUAGCUCCAGUACGGGGGGCACUGCCUCCAGCCAUGCGCCCACCCAGCAAUCGAACGGAUCCAGCGUCUCACCCACCAUUGUGUCGAGGGUGGCGGCCGUGGGGGCACCCAGCAGCAGCAAUAUUGCAGCCGCGGCCAAUGCUCUCCUACGGGCAUCGGCCGCCUCCACAGCCCCGAGCUCCUCCGCCUCAUCGUCCUCUUCGUCCUCAUCCGCGUCGUCGAGCUCCUCGUCCAGCAGCUCCUCCUCCAGCGCCAGCAGCUCAGCGAACUGCGCCAAGAAGCUGAAGACGGAACCCGUACUCUCUCAGUACAAUCAGACGGAGCGCCUCAAUUUCGCCAACACGUACAUCGUGUGGAGCGAGGAGCACUGGCGACGGGUGAUAUUCCACGACGAGCGCAGGUUUAACCUGGACGGACCGGAUGGCUUCUCGUACUAUUUCCACGACUUGCGCAACUACGAGCGCACGCUGUCGCAGCGGCCGCGUGGCAAUUCCGUGUACAUUUACCUGAUGGUCUGUGUGGGAGGAGCCGUGCAUCUGGAGGUGUCGUCUGCCAAACAGCGACCAGAAUCCUGCAUCGAGGCCAUCAUGCGAGAGCGGCCCAAUAUCGUUACCAAACUGGGCGGGAACUCGGAGUUCGUGCUGCAGGACCACAACUGGAUGUCGCAUGCUCUGCCCACCGCCCAGGAUCUUCUGAAUGCCGAGGGUCUGAAGACCCAGAAGUGGCCCACCAUCGCCCACGAUCUGAACAUCAUGGAGAACGUGUGGGGCUGGCUCAUCCGCGAGGUGUUCGACGGAGGACGGAAGUUCUCGCGCAAGGACGACUUGAUAUUCCGCAUCAAGGAGGCGUGGUCCCGCCUGCCGCUCGACCUGAUCACCAACCUGUACAGCACGCUGCCGGAACGGAUCACGGAGCUCUACUACACACAGGGCGUCUACACGAAUUGUUGACAUCGGCGUACAGAGCAACCAGGACGUGGACAGGGCUCAGGACAGCACUUGGCCGCUUUGGCGGUCGUGCAGGCGGUGAUCGAACGGGAUCGUGUUCCAGAACCUGAUCCGAGGAGUGCCAGCUCCUCGAUGUCUGCCAGAGACCGGAGAGCGAAGGAAGCAAAUCAUUAUAUACAAUUUAACUUAACUUUUUGUGUAUAGCUUUAAGAUGUGUGCGAAGGAGCGGACAGGACUCUUGGAGACCGACGGACUGAAAGCAAGAAAGACAGACGAUUAAACGGACGGACAGACAGACAGACGAACCGACUUGGGUUAUAAGUUAUCAAGUUUUUUAGUUAUUUAAAAAUGAUACAAAACAGAAAUCAGCAGAUUGUGGGCAGAACACACGUUAAGUGUUGCCAUAUCGCUUUGUAAUUAGUGUUUUAUCCUCCCCUGUUUCCUUUUGCCCCUUAAACAACAACAACCCUUCGCCCCCAAACACCCUCGUAAUUCGUAAGUCUUAAUUUAAGUUGUCGUUUUCCUUUUUACCCCCAUCCCCCAAUCUAUUAAGAAUAUACAAAAUAUAUUAGUUACAAACAAGUUUAUUUGAACUUAACUCCCCUUUUGUUGAUUGUUUUUAGUUGUGCCAGCGGUAGAUGAACAAAAUUGAAAUGCCAAGCGAGCAGAGAGGAAGAAAACAAAAUAAAUUGUAACUAAAGUAUUAUUUUAAGGCAUAGUUUUUGUUGUAGCAAAUUACGGAGAACUCACACACGUAAAUCUUCACAGACACACACGCAUGAACACUCAGAAGAAGAAUCCUAUCAUGUAAAAUUGUUUACGAAAACAGAAAUUAUGAUUAAACUAAUUAUCAAUGUAAUUAAUACAUAUUAAACGAGAGAGAACUAACAACAAAUCGAAGAGCAAAGGCAACUUAGUGUUAAUGUAAGAUCAAAACAACUAACCAGAGCAUAGGACCUAGAGAUCGAUGAAAUCAUGCUGAAACCCAACACUCCUUCAAUCCCGAACCUGAACCCAAACCCUCAAAUCCCCCAACUCAGUCCAGUCAUCCCCAAUGAAAAAUCGAGCUCUGAGCCCACGAACAAGUUUCCCAGCAGGGCAAACUUCUGUGACUACCGAUGGCAUCUAGAAGUGAGCUCCUCUUGGGGUUUCGACUCUGACCCAGACAAAUUCUUAGUACGCCAUAUUAUGGUUUAUUCGUACGCACCCAAUACUUAGCAAUACAAUUGAACUGAACAAACUGAUUGCACUUUGCAAGUGCAGACAACUAAUCUGUAGAAUACUUGAGCCACUAUGAAAAGUAUCCUUGAAAUAAAUGCAACUUAUACACAUUA